GGGUGGUUAUGGGGAUUUGCAGUUUGGGGGGUGGAGUCGAGGGGAAUUUGUUUUACUUGGAGGGAACUUGAUCUGAGGAAACUGAGUGGACCGAUUAUAACAGCUAAUAUUUGACUGUGCUUUCCAGUUUACCAAGUACUCUCCCAUCAGUUCAGACAAUUCCUUGAACACUUACUGCCUGUACAAGGCUAAGGGCUCAGGGCCAGGACACUGACCUUCACAUCUACCCUGAGAGGCAGGUAAUUUGAUCCCCAGCUCACUGUCGAUGGAGGUGGAGCCUGGAGGAGACUAAAGGACAGGGGAAAGUAGUUUGGGUGUGGGUAAGAUUUAGAAGGUGAAGGAAAGCUGCGGGGAAGCAAAUACCUUGAAGUCAGGCCUCUGGUGCUGUCAGGGGCUGGCCAGUAGGGACCCCGAAGUGGAGGGAGCCCCAAACCUACACUCCUCAGGCUGCCAGUGAUGUCACAAUGGCAGGUGCGGGAACUGUGGGGUCCCUCUCCGCCUCAACCCCACUGAUCUUUAUCCCGGAAUGGGGUGAGGGCCGGCUCCACUAGGCAGUGUCUCAGAAGCUCGUUUUCCACUCCUUCUGGAGCAGCCCUCUGCUCUGCCCUCCGGAAAGAGGCCAAUGGCCUUCUGGAAGGUGCGGAAGAACAGAGGAAGUAAAGUACGCAGGCCUCUCACUGUUGUGGCCUCUCCCGUCGUGGAGCACAGGCUUCGGACACGCAGGCCCAGCGGCCAUGGCUCCGUGGCAUGUGGGAUCUCCCCGGACCAGGGCACGAACCCAUGUCCCCUGCAUCGGCAGGCGGACUCUCAACCACUGCGCCACCAGGGAAGCCCCCAGCUUUCUUUUGACAAGCAUAAACAUGGUGUAUCUUUUCCCAUCUUUUUGCUUUUACCCUAUUGGAGUCUUUAUAUUCAGAGUACAUUUCUUGUGGGCAGCAUGUAAUUGUGUCUUACUUUUUUAUCCAUUCUGAUAAUCUCUGCCUUUUUAUUGGGUUGAUUAUUUUAUUAUUAUUAUUUUGGCCAUGCUGUGCAACAUGCGGGAUCUUAGUUCCCUGACCAGGGAUCAAACCCAUGCCCCCUGCAAUGAAAGGAUGGAGUCUUAAUCACCGGACCGCCAGGGAAGUCCCUUAAUUGGGUUGUUUAGACCAUUUACCUUUAAUGUGAUUAUUGAUAUAUUUAGGUUUCAGUUUAUCAUCUUAUUUGUUUUCUGGUUUUCUCAUCUGUUCUUUGUUACCCUUUUCCUCUUUUUCUCCCUUCUUUUGGAUUACUUGAGAAUUUUUAAUUCUAUUUUAUCUCUUUUGUUGACUUAUAUAAUAUAGCUCUGUUAUUUUAGGGUUUACAUUAUGUGGAUUUAACUUAUAACAGUUCAUCUCAUCACAGGAACAAACCAGGCCUCAAAUGCAGUCCCAGAGUAGCUGCCAGAACAGAGCUGUCCAAGGAAGAGGGGCCCGCCCAUCAUCCCAUUCUGCCUUACCCUUGGUGAUCACACCAAGGGCCUUGGGAAGUCAUUACACCACUCAGGGCCCUCAGCUUACUCAUAGUAAACUGAGGUCGUCCCAGCUGCCCUGCCUACCUUGGAAUGGUGUUCUGUCCUAGGAGUAAAGACCCUGUGCCUUUCCACACACUGGCCUAGCUAAUGCAAUCACUAGGCCUGCUCCGAGGACCACUAGACCCUCUAGAUAUGUGGUUGGAAGUCCUGAGGAUGGGAACAAUGGUUGGGUGUGUGGUCAGCCAAGGGGGCCUGGGUCUAAAACCUACUACUUGAUCCCUACUUCCUUGUAAGGAGAGAGGCCCUGCCUGGGGAGGUGCCUCCUUCCUCUGCCCUCAGGUCUAAUAGAAGACUCUUAUGGGUGGUCUCCCUACUCUCCAGACUCAAAGGCAGAGAAUACCAGGUAAUCUACCUGGAGCCUUCAGACCCAAGCUUUUUUCUCAUUCCUUUCCCUUUAUCUGAUUCCCCAGUCAGAUGGUGGUGUCUGGAGGCAAGAGGCAAGUUCCCACCUGCCCUCUGGUUCCUAAUUGGGUCAUCUCUGCACCAGACCUGCUCUCAUCUAACCACCUCUGCAAGGACUUGAGGAAACUGAGGCCUGACCAGACAAAGUAGCUCAACCACAUCCAUGCCAUUGGCUGUCUCUGGCAAGAGUAGGGUGACCCAGGAAAUUCCCUGGCGGUCCAGUGGUUAGGACUCCAGGUCCAGUGGCAGGGGGCACGGGUUCAAUCCCUGGUGGGGGAACUAAGAUCUUGCAUGCCGGGCGGUACAGCCAAAAAAAAACAAAACAAAAAGAAUAGGGUGACUCACAGCACCCCUGUAUCUCCAGUAGCACUUGAGGACCCACGAGGGCCUCAACCUGGUUCGGCUGCCACAACCUUUAUGUUCUUGGGUGUUUUCCAUCACCUGCCAAUCUGGAGUUAUCCCAAUUGUGUGUGAUUCUGGUGACAGAAAGGUAGGUGUGGUACAAAACUAUACAUACACAAUUCGAGGUAACUAGAUUCACAUGCAGUUGUAAGAAAUAACAGAGAUCCCUUGUACACUUUGCUUAGCUUCCCCCAAUGCUAACUUGUGCAAAACUAUAGUAUAACAUCACAACCAGGAUACUGAGAUUGGCAAAACCCACCAAUCUUAUUCAAAUUUCCCCAGUAAGUGUGUGACAUUUUAAUUAUCAGACGACCGAAGCUUCAACCCAGGCUUACCUACUUGGCAAGUUACCUAUGACCCAGAGGAUCUUCACCUCGCUGCUCCGUCUGUGCUCUGGAAAACCGGAAAGAGGCUAACAGGGAAUUUAAAAUUCUGAGCAUGCUAUGUGCUAGGCUCUACCCAUGUCAUGGUUUAAUCCCUACAGCGGCCUGUUUUACCAACAUUAAGAGUGAGGCGCAGAGAGGGUGGCUAGGUGGGUGGACCUGAGGUCCAAGGCUGGGCAGGGGCUACCCCAGGCCUGCCUACACACUCUGAGCACAGCACAGAGGGCCCGUCUGCGCUGCUAGGAGGUCUAGAGGGCUCAACAAAGCCCUUGUGGGGCUUUGGAGUCCUUGUGGGGCCUGGGCUAAACGUUAGAGCGUGACUGGGCUCCAACCAGACGUGCGAGUAAAGCAGACGCCAGGCCUCUCCCUGGAAUGUGAGCUCCCAAGCGAGGCCGCAGAGCAGGGGUCCGCCCCGGGGUACGCUGGGAAGCCGCGCGCGCCCCGCCCCUCUCCGCCCCUCCCCGCUGCGCAGCCCUCGGCUGCCCCCUGCCGUCACAGGGUGGACCCUGCAGCCCAGGCCGUCUCGGCUCGGCGCCGCCAGCACCCCAGGCCUCCGGAUUGGCCCCUCCCGAAGCCUCCGGGCCCUCUGCCUGCCGCCAUCGGAUUGGCUGCACCCUGAUACUGUGGCCCCGCCCAUUUCCCCGGGUCCUUUGAUCACGCGCCUGCCGGCUCUUCCGGGGCCCCGGAGCCAACCGAGGGCGUUCCUUUCCGGGCUGCAUCGGCGGGAGGGAGCCCAGUGGAGGCGCCCUCCCGAGGCAGUACUACUGCCCAUGCUGACUACCCAGCCCUCUGGCUGCCGAUGUCAUGAGUAACACCACAGUGCCCAAUGCCCCACAGGCCAGCAGCGACUCCAUGGUGGGCUAUGUGUUGGGGCCCUUCUUCCUCAUCACCCUGGUCGGGGUGGUGGUGGCCGUGGUAAUGUAUGUCCAGAAGAAAAAGCGGGUGGACCGGCUUCGCCAUCACCUGCUCCCUGUGUACAGCUACGACCCUGCUGAGGAGCUGCACGAGGCUGAGCAGGAGCUACUCUCUGACGUGGGGGACCCCAAGGUGAGCACUCUGGGGACAGGGAGAAUCAGCAGAGGUGGGUCUGCUCUAUUCACACCCCUGAAGACAGAGCCUGGUUCUGCUCUCAGCCUUCCCCAUGUGGGCCGUGGCUAGUGGGGUGCCUCCUCCCAAGUUGUGCUGUGGACUGUGCCCUGUGGUGUGGGUCUCCUCC